AUGUCUGGGAAUUUGGACUCCACGCCGUUCGACUGGGAUCACUUAAAUCAGAACUCUAUAAACACAAUUGUACAAAUGUGCAUUUUACUACAGAUUCAGAUCGAUACGGAGACAAUGAGCAAAAAAGAAUUAAUUACAAAGCUCAGCCAGUAUCCUAAAAUGAUGAGUACUACGAAUUGCGUUCCGAAUUUCGUAAAUUCAUCUCGAUUCUUGAAUCUGAAGUAUCCAAAAUUACAAGAGGCCCAUAGCAGUCCAAUCCACAAGAAGAGUGGUGACAAUUUCAGCCUCAAAAGCUCAGAUGAAGCGAGUAAUUCCAACAAUGAAUCCACAAACACAAAUAAUUCAUCCCAGUGUUUAUCAAAAGACGACUUACUGUUCCAAACUGAAAUGAGCCUACACGGCAGUUUAUUCUCCCAUUUUUGGAGAUAUAUUCUCCGAAAGAAAUUACAAAGUAAGAAGGACUUCUUCUCAACGAUGUUCUUCAUUUACGUUAUUAUAGUAUUUAUAGCUAUUGGAUAUUUCAUAUUUGGCUCUUCAAAUGUAGAUGUUGAAAACUAA